UAUUUUAUAUAUUUGUCAAUUUGACGAAUGGUUAUUAUUGAAGGACCAAUUUGACUUUUGACUUAGAAUUUGAACAUGCUAACUUCAAUUGAAUUUACUAAUGGCGCCAAAACAUGUACGGCAUUUCCCCCCUUUCUCUUCACGAACUCAAAGCUGCGAUUCCUAAAGCUCUUCAAGAUUGAAAAACAGUGUUGCAUGCGCGAACUCAAGACCCACUUUAAUGGCGAACAGAACACGAUCGAACCCCAUAGUCAAAACUGUGUUAGCUACUGAUACUGAUAGCAAGCAUUCUGAGUCCGAAAUGUCUAUAAAAGGAAACACGUUUUUCUCCUCAAAAAACCCUAACCCUAACCCUAACCCUAAAAAUGUGUACCACAUCGGAGGUCUUCCGGUCGAAUUUCCUUACCAACCGUACGGGUCACAGUUUGCAUUUAUGGGUCGAGUAAUCUCCACGCUUAAUCAAGCUCAGAGAGAAGGACAUUGUCACGCUUUGCUCGAAUCUCCAACUGGUACUGGGAAAUCCCUUUCGCUUCUUUGUUCCUCUUUAGCUUGGCAGCACCAUUAUAAACCUGCUCCGGACCCGAUCGCCGAUCCGGCCUACGGUGGAGGAUUUCUUCCAGACGAGGUUUCAGCAUCAGAGAAACCAGAUGCCACCAAUAAGAAGCAGAAGAAAAAGACAGCUCCAACUAUUUACUAUGCUACGAGAACGCACUCACAAAUUUCUCAAGUGGUUCGUGAAUUGCGGAAGACAUCAUACAAGGUGCCGAUGGCUGUUUUGGCAUCACGGAAACAUUACUGCACCAAUAAAAAUAUACGUGGCAAAGAGAACAUUGACGAAGAAUGUAAACUACUACUGAAAGAUCAGGAAAUAGGAUGUCCAGAGUUCAAAAAUGCACAUAAAGUCAAAGUUCAUCAAUCCCUUCAGAAAGGAGGAUGCAACGAGGUGCAUGACAUAGAAGAUCUUGUAAAAGUUGGACAAUCGGUGAAAGGUUGCUCUUAUUAUGGUGCCCUAUCUAUGUCAGAUAAUGCACAGUUGGUAUUUUGUCCAUAUAACUACAUCAUUAAUCCAGUCAUUCGAGGAGCAAUGGAUGUAGAUAUUAAAGGAGCCAUCGUGAUAUUUGAUGAAGCUCACAAUAUAGAGGACAUUAGCCGUGAUGCUGGUAGUGUGGAUAUUGAAGAGGAUAUCUUGGACAAACUACAAAUGGAGCUCCAGCAACUCUGUCCUUCAAAUACUGCAAUUUACCAGCCCCUAUAUGAAAUGACACUGGGCCUUACUAGUUGGAUGGAACAGAAGAAAACUAAACUAGAAAAACGUGAUUUUCAGCACUAUGUGUCAUGUUGGACAGGUGAUAAGGCUUUACAAGAGCUUGAAGAAGCAAAUAUUUCAAAGCAGUGCUUCCCUAUCUUGCUAGAAUGUGCUACUAAGGCAAUCAAAGUUGCUACAGACUUGGAAACGGAAGCACCACAUUUAAGUGGCAUGUCAGUGUUAACAUUGGAAGGCUUAUUCUCAUCACUAUCUUAUUUCUUCUCAAAAAAUGGAUCUCAAUUGUUGGAUUACCAGCUUGCCCUUCAGCGAAGUGUUAGAAAACAUGAUAGAAGAGCUUUUGGAAACUGGACACAUACUUUAAGUCUGUGGUGCUUGAAUCCAGAAGUUGUAUUUAGAGAUGUUGCCGAUCUUUCUUUAUCAGUCAUAUUGACUUCUGGGACACUGUCACCAAUGACAUCAUUUUCUUCUGAACUUGGAGUUAAGUUUGAAACUAGUCUUGAAGCUCCACAUGUAAUUGACGUUGAUUCACAGGUUUGGCCUGCUAUAAUCUCCACUGGUUCUGGUAAUUAUCCUUUGAAUGCAAGUUACAAAACAGCAGAUGGAUAUGCAUUCCAGGAUGCAGUUGGAAGAUCUUUAGAGGAAAUUUUCAAGAUUGUUCCAGGUGGAUGUCUUGUGUUCUUUCCAAGUUAUAAAUUGAUGGAAAAACUACGCAACCGAUGGUCUGAAACAGGUCAAUGGUCUCGACUCAAUGCAGAGAAGUCCCUUUUUGUUGAACCAAAGGGAGGAAGCCAAGAUGAUUUUGAACUUGCAUUGAAGGGUUAUUUUGACUCAAUUCAUCAUGACAAAAGACCUGCUUCUGGAAGGAAAAGAAGGAUUAAGAAAACUGAUCUAAAUCACUUCCAUGCAGUUGAUUCCCUACAGGAUUCUAAGAAAGGAGGAGCAGCUUUACUUGGUGUUUGUCGGGGAAAGAUUUCUGAAGGAAUUGAUUUCUCCGAUGAUAAUGCUAGAGUAGUUAUUAUUGUUGGUAUCCCAUUUCCAAACAUAAAUGAUAUUCAUGUUUCACUAAAGAAGAAGUAUAAUGACACAUUCAAAUCAUCCAAACAUCUCUUAGGCGGAAAUGAGUGGUACUGCCACCAAGCAUUCCGAGCUUUAAAUCAAGCAGCAGGGCGCUGUAUACGGCAUAAACUUGAUUAUGGAGCAAUCAUCCUAUUGGAUGAACGCUUUUGCGAAGAAAGGAAUAAAGCAUUAAUUUCGAAGUGGUUAAGAAGACCCUUGAGAGUGUAUGACAGUUUUGAUUCGUCACUGGAAGGACUAAAAUUAUUCUUUAAGAAUGCCCAGGAGCGGUAUUGCAUGAAUACAGUGCAUGCCACACAGAAUUUGGACUUAAAUGGUGAUGGUGUCCAAAACAAGGACAAAGUUACGAGGUUCACAAGAAAGAAAAGUCAGAAACUGAACAAGUCUAGUAAUGGAGGUGAGAAAGAAACCUUAGUUAUUGAGGAUAACAUUACUAUACCCAUACCAAGCUCUUGCAGUCUUGCUGAAAGUCAGUCAUCAGAUCAAAGGAAUAGUAACACAUAUAAUUUCAAAGACCAUAUCAACCUACAAUGCUGUAAUCUGACAGAAAGGUUCACUGGGGCAUUGUCUGUGACAAUUACACAUGAAGAAACCUCCAUGGUCAAGGAAAGCCCUGGCAAUGAUGCUGCCAGCUCCGAUUACUCUAAGGAUGACAAUUCAGAUUCCACCAUAAUUGAGGCUUCUGCUCGAUUUGCAAUGGAUCGCUUGUCAAGUUUUCCAGUGUCUUCAACUACUGGAAGUAAAACGUCAAUAACAGUCACUCCUGAAAAGAAUGUAACUGCAAAAAAUAUUCCAGAAACAGAAUCAUCUUUGAAUUUGAGUGUUAAUUCUCACAAUCAGAAAAGAAGAAAGCCCAUGGUCAUACCAUUUAUAAACCUCAUUGAAGAAGAAGAAAACAAUGAUGCAUCUUGUGUCAGCACUCCUACAUGGUGCACAAAAAGCUCAGUGGAAGUUAGAGAAGCAACUCAUGGAACUGAAUGUGGUCUUGGGAGAACUUUGAACUCACAAUCUCCUUGGUUACCAACAAGCAGUUUACCUGGUUCAUGUUCAUUAACUGUCCCUGUACAAAACAAAAGGUUACAGCUGUUUUGUUCACGCUGCAAAAACCCAUUGGGACUACAUGAGAACCGUCUAUAUCUUACAUGCUCUUUGAUUUCAUCAUCAAAAGUUCACUUGAGAUUCCUUUUGAAAAAGAGACUGGAAACUUACACCACUGAUACAGCAAAGAGUGUACCAGUUAUUGUUACAGAAUCUUCAUUUGUUGAUCAACGUAUUUGCAAUAGAAUAUCUAAAAAUACACCGGAUCAGGGUAUAUGGUGUCCAGAAGAUGGGUGUGUUUUCAGCACAAUUUUUUGUCCCUUUUGCAGUAAUUCCAACAAUUUGCUCGGAGUUCAGAUCAUGGCAACCAAUUCAUCAAAUGUUCAGUUACUCGACAAGAUAUUGUUUUUCUCUGAUUCCUUGGAAGUGAAAAACCAUGAGGAAACAGGAAAAAGUGCUUCAGAGGAAGUGGGUUUUUCCCCAAUUAUCAACUCUGGUAUGGAUGGAGUUGCUGCCUUAAAUUCGUUUGAGAAAUAUUCUUAUCUUCCCCAACAAGGGAAGUCGGAAGGCUGGAAGUCUAGAAAAUCAAAGCCAAGACUAAGAGGCUUGCCUUAUGCAGAAAUUUGAAGCUAGUAAAUUGGAAUUAUGAUGCAGUUUUGGCAAGAGUUUUGGGAUUUAUUUCGACACUUUUUCCUGCCUUCUAGAUCUGCCAGUAAGGCUCACUGCACGCAAUACAUGGAUAACCAGGUAUCAAGUCUUUCAAGAGGACCUCAAAGUUACCCCUAAGAUAACAUAAUGACCUGUACUGAAAUGGAGUGUUUUUAUACAAGUUGUAAAUAGUGAUGUUUUGUACAUCUUUCUGGAAGAUGAUUCAUGUAGUUACUACAUGUCUUGACUCCAAAGGUUGAGUUUGCCUGUACAGCAUUUCCAAUAGUUUUGACCUCCCUAACUCUUGAAACUCCUUCGAGUAGUAUUAUAUGAUUAUUUAAUUUAAAUUGGUGGGUAGUGAAUUGGAUUCGUUUGUCUGUAAAGCAUCUAAGCUCGAUUUACAUUUGAUAAAAAAUUCAAGUUUCCAAACUCUAGGGUUGAAAAUUUGGAGGCAUGAAGUGUUUGUCUAUAUGUGUGACUUCUCUAGCCAUGUUACAAAACAUAAUCAUUGAAGUGUUAUAUAAUGCAUUUUGUCGUCUUUGCAAUUUAA